GCCAAAGCUUGGUACAGUACUGCAUUAAAGGCGCAGGACCGAGAGAAUACCCAGGGCCAAUUGACCGCGACCGCGGUACCUGCAGUGGUGGGUGACCUGACUUGGGACUGGGAAAUGAAAUCGAAACCCCCAAUUGCAGGUAGCAAUGGCUACCUCGCUCGACCUGCGAUCCUCGGUCUGGCCAAGCUUCUGGUCCUGGGGCUCUCCCAGGUCUCAUACGCGUCUGCCGCGCCAGUGACCCAAUUCCUAGGUAUCAACAAGGAGAAGGGAGAUCUGCCGAAAGAUGCGGAAGAUCCAAGCUUGUGGUUGUAUUUGGGCGUCGCUGCUGUGUUGGUAUUGUUAGGAGGCGCGUUCGCUGGAUUGACCAUUGCGUUUAUGGGACAAGACAGCAUCUAUCUACAAGUCAUUGCAACCUCGGGCGAAGGAAAGGAACAAAAGCAUGCACACAAGGUUCUCACACUGCUGAAGAGGGGAAAACAUUGGGUUCUGGUUACCUUGCUCCUGGCCAACGUGAUGGUUAACGAAUCACUGCCCAUCGUGCUCGAUCGAUCAUUAGGAGGGGGAUGGCCUGCCGUUGUUGGCAGCACGGCGUUGAUUGUUAUCUUUGGAGAAGUCAUCCCCCAAGCAGUCUGCGUUCGGUAUGGCCUAGCAAUUGGAGCGUUCAUGCAACCGUUCGUCGUCACCCUCAUGUGGCUCCUCGCACCAAUCGCUUGGCCCACUGCACAACUUCUCGACUGGGCCCUGGGCGAGGAUCAUGGAACAACUUAUAAGAAAUCCGGCUUGAAGACCCUGGUUACCCUACAUAAGACGUUGGGAUCCAGUCCUACCGACCGACUCAACCAAGACGAAGUCACAAUCAUCAGCGCAGUUCUGGAUCUCAAAGAGAAGGCCGUGGGCGAUAUUAUGACGCCAAUGGAGGAUGUUUUCACAAUGUCUGCAGACACGAUCCUGGAUGAGCACACUAUGAAUAUCAUUCUGAGUGCUGGCUAUUCUCGAAUACCCAUCUACGAACCAGGCAACGAGGGGAACUUUGUUGGGAUGCUUCUGGUCAAGAUCUUGAUUACGUAUGACCCAGAAGACUGCAAAAAAGUCAGUGCAUUUGCUUUGGCUACUUUGCCAGAAACCCGCCCCGAAACUAGUUGUCUUGAUAUUGUCAAUUUCUUCCAAGAAGGCAAAUCACAUAUGGUCCUAGUUUCGGAGUACCCCGGCGAGAACUAUGGUGCGAUUGGCGUGGUGACAUUGGAGGACGUCAUUGAGGAGUUAAUCGGCGAGGAAAUUAUUGACGAGUCUGAUGUCUUCAUUGAUAUCCAUAAAGCCAUCAGGCGAGUGACACCAGCUCCGAAAGCACGCAUGCAAAAGACACAUAUUGUGGGCAGCACAGACGUAUCCUCUCUGCAAGCACCCGAAGAACAUCUCAUUGAUCUCACAGAAGGUCAAAGGCCUGAAAUCACCAAAGUCAUCUCUAACGGACAAAGUCGGAGCAAUAGUCCCGCUCAUUUUGGUUCCAGUCCAAAGACCACCUUCCUGAGAAGAGGAUCUAGUGGUGCAGACGGAAGAAAUAUUUCUGUGAGAGGCAACUUCAAUGACAUGCGAGAGCAUCUCAAACACCUCGGGCCAUCAAAUCUUGCAAGUCGCCCGAAGACAACUCGGUAUAAUACCGUCAAAAUAAAAUCUGCCACCCAGCCCUCGCGAUCUGAAUCCAGAACCGAUCCAACGGCUCCACAUGAGCAUAUCAUCGAAGAGCCUUACCGUGAUGACCCUGCACCCUUUGGUGGAGAGGGCGAGGGUCUUCUCAAAUCCGCUGGAAAGGAGGCUAGUGAUGGUGUGCAAGCAUUACAACAGGGCUACGGAUCGUUUGACCCCACGACUACAUCAAACCCAAGCAAUUUAGCAAAUUUUGAAACGACACACCAAGACGGUGCAGAGGAUGCCAAUUUAUCACCCACUGACUAUUCCUGGACGUCUUCACAAAGGAUAUCGUUUUCCCGAAAUGGUACAGCCCAUAGCGAGAGUAGUGAUACAGUAGGAUCACUCAAAUCUGGACUGGGCGUCAGCAAACGAAAGAAGGCCACAACACGAAGUGGCAGCAUUACGGAGAAUAUCAUUGAAGCAGGAGGAGUAUGCAAAGUUGUGCUAGAGACGACUAGUAGCUCGAGUGACAAAGAAGAUGGAGAGAGCAAUAAGGGCAAAGCAAACACACCUCAAUUUUCAGCCCGAUCCCAAUUAGGUGGCCAAAUGGACGGAGCUGAUGACCAUGACGAAGCAACAGUAGCUGAAACGAAAGGAGAAGAAGCGAAGAAGAAACGGAAACGGACACGCCACAAAAAGAAGGGUGGGAAGUAG